AUGUAUGAUCCUUAUGGAAAUGGCUCAAAUGUGCCACCGCCAAUCAUCGGUAGUGGUGCGGGUCCAAUGUAUCCACCACCUGGUGGAAUGAUGAUCGGAUCGGGUGCUUCUCCAUAUCCUGUCGGUGGUGGUGCGUAUCCUAUGCAACAGCCAGUGCUUGGCGGUGGUGCCUAUCCAGGCCCAGGAAUCGGUGGAGGAGCCUAUCCAAGCUCAGGAAUCGGUGGAGGAGCCUAUCCAAGCCCAGGAAUCGGUGGAGGAGCCUAUCCAAGCUCAGGAAUCGGUGGAGGAGCCUAUCCGAAUACAGUGAUCGGUGGAGGUGCUUAUCCAAUCUCUCAACCAGUUAUCGGUGGCGGAGCUUAUCCGAGUGGAUAUGUUCAACCAGUUAUUGGGCAAGGAGUACAACCAAUGAUGGUUGCCGGAGGAAACGUGUGCACGGGAUCAACCUUCGAUCAACCGUAUUAUGGAAUGAGUGGUGGAUGUGUUCGACGCCGCUCCUGCUCGUCUAGCUCAUCGGACUCGUGCCAU